GACUGUGUGGUCCAUCUUAAGAGAGCCUCGAUGAUUGGUAAUGCAACGCCUCGGAAUUGAGAGGCAACGGCAAAAAAAAGUGGAAAGCUCGUCCAGUUUUGUCAACCUUUUUCCUCGCGCUGUAAUUUGCCCUGCUCUCAAAAUUCGAAAGGUUCCGUCACCGGAUGUAAUGCCGAGGGUGUGAGGUUUGGUAAAUUUGUACGUUCUGAAUAAUCAACAUUUCGACAUUACUUGUUCCCUCAACAUUUACGACUUUUCUCCUCACUCUUGGACGAUCAACCACUUCCGCCCCUCGACAUUGUAUAUUCACUCAACAACGACCACAGCGAAGAAUAAUCGGAUCGGAGACCACCCGACGGCCAUCAAACACAUUUCUCUUUCGCCACAAUGUCAUCGUACAGAGCAACGAGGACGGCCCUCCGCGCCGUCGCGCGCACAGCGAAGCCCGCCACCUGCAGACCCUCACAAUCGCGAUCCUUCGCCAGCGUACACACCGGCCUCCUCCAAAACAACCAAACAUCACAACGCCGCCCGACAACAACAAGUCGACACCAACAAUCAUCGCUGCAGCGCCAAUCCCCCUUCGCCGCCCGCACCGGCGCCGUCCGCACAAUCUUCAUCCAAACCGAAAACACACCCAACCCAGACGCCGUCAAAUUCCUCCCGAACCACCGCAUCCUCCCCGACACCCUCUCCACCCCCUUCAUCGAGUACCUCAACCCGCGCUCCACCAUCGCGCCGCCCUACCCGUCCCCGCUCGCCGCCCAGCUCAUGAACAUUGACGGCGUCACCUCGGUCUUCUACGGCGCCGACUUCAUCACCGUCAACAAGUCCCCCGACGCGAACUGGGCGCACAUCCGCCCCGAGAUCUUUGCUCUCAUCACCGAGGCCAUCACUUCGGGCCAGACCAUCGUCACCGUCUCGGCGGACAAGGAGGGCGGUGCUGGCGGUGCGGCGGCCGACGGCGCCCCCGAGGAGCCCGAUAGUUUGGCGUACGAUGAGAACGAUAGCGAGGUCGUCGGCAUGAUCAAGGAGCUGCUCGAGACGAGGAUACGGCCCGCUAUCCAGGAGGAUGGCGGCGACAUCGAGUUCCGCGGGUUCACCGACGAGGGCACCGUGCUGCUGAAGCUCCGCGGCGCGUGCCGGACAUGCGAUUCUAGCACCGUGACGUUGAAGAAUGGUAUUGAGAGCAUGUUGAUGCAUUAUGUAAGUUGACACUCUACACCUUUGGUUCUUUGGUCUGGAACUUCAUUGGGCAUCGCCGCCGAAAACAACCGUUGAACAUACGUGCUAACGUUGGCGUACCUAGAUCGAGGAGGUCAAGUCCGUCGAGCAGAUCCUCGACCAAGAGGAGGAGAUUGCCAUCCAAGAGUUUGCAAAGUUUGAGGAGAAGCUCAAGUCCCAAAAGGGACCCGAGGCGACCGCGGCAUAAGAAGCCGCAUGCUGGAAUGCGAUACGAGGAGAACUGUUUAGAAGUUUUUCCCAAACCAGUUUCUAGAACGGCGAACCAACAAGAUAUUGGGGAGGCGCACGAUACCUGUAGAAUUGCUGUACAAUUAAAGAGCAACGUUUAAUCC